CCCAAGAAAGGGGAGGAUUCAGGCUGUUUAAUAGGGAGGUCAGCCAGUUGCUGAUCUUCAUAGCUGCAGUGAUGCCACGGAACUUCAAAGAAUACAAGAAAAGCAAGCGUGUCUAUAUCUAAAUGCUGUACCUUUUCAUUAGCACGUGGUUUACUGAUGAUCAGCAGUGAAGGACGAAAACCACAUUCUGGACACACUUAAAAGAAGGCCACAAAAGUGACAAAAUGCUUUGCAUAAGACGUUUUUAUCCAUUUGCACUGAGGUGUUGCCAGUGUCAUACUUUGAGCAGUGACCCCUUGUUGAGCCAGCUCAGUAACUGCACAAAUGAGGAUCAAGUAUUCGAUCUUGUUGGAAAGAACAAAACUAAACUCACUGAAAAACACGUGGGAAGUGCCAUUCAUAUCCUUUGGCAGUUUCAAAAGAAGAAGCCUAGUUUCCUGAGAAAUAUUGAUUAUGUGAAAAAUCACUCACAGUUUCUUAUACUUCGCAUUUUAGCAGAAAACAAGAUAGAAUAUAUGGAUAAUGAAGCAUUAGUGGACAUGCUGUACAAUGUACUCAGGUUCAAAGUUGAAGCCCAUGAUUCUCUAGUAGAAGAGCUCGUCAUAGAAGGCUGGAAAAGAUUAGAUGGAAUGAGCCUUUUUGCGCUAUCUAAAUUUGCAAUAUGUCUGCAUGACCAAAAAAUAUACAAUAGUCCUCUCAUGGGUCAGAUUGCUGAUAUUGUGAAUAAGAACUUGGAUUCCAUACAGGAUGCAAGGAUCUUGUCCGUUUUUAUGGUCAGCAUAUCUGGUGUUAUCUCACAGACUUUCCGAGAUCGGUUGAUACAAAAGGCAGAGUUGGCUUUGGACACUAUGCAACCCAUCUCCUUGAAUCAUGCCAGGCGAUUUGUACAGUUUCUCCGAAAUGUCAAACUACUGUAUCGCCCAUUGCUGGAUAAAUGUAACAAGGUUUUCGUCCAGAAUGUAAUGCAGCUAGAUAUUGAGCAUGUGGCUAUAAUUCUUGGACUAUACCAGUCAUUACAAUUCAACAACACUGAAUUUAGAUUAAUGGCGAAACAAAAACUGAUGGAAAUUAUGGAUGAUUGCAAUGAUCCUUUGAGCUUCUCUCGGCUGUUUGUUACUCUAACACCAAUGGCAGCACCAGAGAUCAGAGAGCAGUUAAUUGAAACUGCUCUACUAAUAGCAGAUGAAUUUGACCAUCACCAAACAUUAGCAGUGGUGGAAGCGAUGCAAGAAACGGGAUGCAGAAAUUCACAGCUGAUUCAAAAGAUUACUUCUCUCCUUCAUAAAUACUUGGAUAGGUACAGACCAGUUGAGCUGGCCAAGGUGUCACAGUCCAUAGCCUUGCUACGUUGCCCCAAUCCUGAUCUUUACUCUAAAUUACAAAGAUUGCUAAUUGGCUGUUUACAAGUUAACGUCAUCCCUGUUGAUAUUUCUAUGCUAACUCGUUGCCUCUCCAUACUUCCUUCUUCUCACAUGGAUGAGGUGGUAGCCACUCGCAUUGAGGCCGUCUUGCCUCAGUGCAGCCUGAGUGACUUGAAUUCCUUUGCCACAGCCAUCAUGAAAUGGGUUCGACGAGACCAGUCAAAUCAGCAAAGGUCUUCUGGGCUGUAUGGGAAACUUCUGCAAAAAGUUAACCAUUGUGCAUUUGAGAGACUUCAAAAAGCCAAUGAUCUGGAUCUUCUGUUAGAGGAACUGAAAUUUAUAUCUGGAGAAUCGUUUGAAGAAAUGCUUCUUGAACAAACCAUGAUUGCUUUUCAGCGCUUGAUAGACCAAAUCACAUGGGCGAAUGUGCUAGAUUUUUCAUCCUUCAUCAUCAAAACCACCUACCUCUGUCCUCCCUUACUUGAUAGAAUAGCUGCUGUUACCGUUGAGCAUAUCGAUAAGAUUUACAAAUCAGGAACUUAUUCUCUUCUCCUUCCCUUUGGUAUUCUAAAUUAUGAGCCUCCCCAAAGUGAGGAGUUUUUUGAGGCUUGCAUUGGACACCUCAGCUCUGACUUAGAUUGUUUUGAGCCGCAUCUUCUUGUGCUACUUGGUUUUUCUUUGGCUGUUACCGAGUACUUUCCAGAGAAUGUGAUAAAGGCUAUCUUUAACAUUGAAUUCCUAGCCAAACUGGAUGCCCAACUUGAAACACUAUCAGAUGCCUUAAACAGGAAGGUCCGCUUACGGCUGAUGGAGCUGAACCGAGCAGUCUGUUUGGAGUGCCCAGAGCUCCAAAUUCCAUGGUUUCAUGAGCGCUACUUCCAGCAGCUGCAGCACAAAAGCAAUGAUAAUCUCAGUGCGUUGCAACAGCAGAUACACAGACUGCUGGGAGAAAUUUUGGGAGGAAGACAUUUUGUCAAUGUGUCUGUACUCACCCCUUACUACUAUGGAAUCGACUUCGAAUGUAUUCUUGAUAAAAACAAGAAGCCCCUUCCAUAUAUGGGCCAGAAUGUUGUCAUGGCUGACUUGAAGAGAGUUAACUGGGGCCAAGAUAGCCAGUUCCCGGCAAGGAAAGAGCUACCACCAGGAGCUCAGAGAAUUGCAGUGGAAUUUCUCGAUUCAAAAGCCUUUUGCAAAAACUCAAAUCAUCCCAAAGGAGAAACUGCCAUGAAAAAGAGACAUUUGGAGAUUCUCGGUUACCAGGUUGUCCAGAUCCCUCAUUUUGAAUGGAAUUCCAUGGAACUUUCAUCAAAGGAUGCAUGGAUAGAAUAUCUAAACAAGAAAAUUUUCGAAAGAGAUUAAUUAUUGCCAUGUGGAGAAAGGCAUACAAUCAUGAGAAGCUAUUUUUAUAUGGAUUUUUUAUC